GGUCCAGAAGUGUGCCGAUCUGAACCAGAUGUGCACCAAGAACCUGUCGCUGCUGUUCGCCCCCAGCCUGUUCCAGACCCACGGGAAGGGCGAGCACGAGGUGAAGAUCGUGGAGGAUCUGAUCGACAACUACCUGCACGUCUUCGAUAUCGACGAGGAGCAUCAGACGCAAAUCGAGCUGGAGGUCAGCCUCAUCACCACCUGGAAGGACACGCAGCUGUCUCAGGCUGGAGAUCUCAUCAUCGAGGUUUACCUGGAGAGGAAGAACCCCGACUGCUGCAUCACCCUCAAGGUACGCCUGCUGGCUGCUGAUGAAUGAUGGUCAU